UUGUGUGACCGAAUUUUGCUGAAAAAUGCUUAGAUUAACAAGAAGCACCCAUCGACGUAGCACGUUGUACCAUUAUCUUGCGGCGCGAUUGAUUGUUGAAAGUGGAAAUGUACGAAGAGAAACUAGAGAAAUCUCGAGGAGAGCUCUCCUCAGAAAAAAUAUAGCCAAUAUUAACGUGCAAUAUCUAAGCGAUACAGAAUUUAGAAAUAGAUUUCGUCUCAGUAAGGAAGCAUUUUUGCAUUUAUGUCGCGAAUUAAGGGUCAAAUCUAGUCUAAGACCAAGUAAAAGGAUCAGCCUGGAACAUAAAGUAAUGGCUAAAUGUUUAGGGCAAACCACAGUUAGUAAAUAUGUGAGACAGGUUACUGACGCCCUUGUAACCCCCUCAAUAUUAAAUUACUUUAUAAAAUUUCCUGCGACGCUAGAGCAGCGUAAUAUUAUAAAAAACAAAUUUUAUACAAAAUUUGGCAUCCCUGGAGUAAUAGGAUGCAUAGAUGGGUCUCAUUUUCAUAUAUUCACUCCAAAAAGAGACAUUGAGCAUUUAUUUUAUUGCAGAAAGCAUUUCUACUCACUGAAUGUGCAAAUGAUAUGUGACAGUGAAUGCCGAAUUAUUAAUGUUAAUGCAAAAUAUGGAGGUGCUACCCACGACGCAUUUAUUUGGGAAAAUAGUCAAGCCAAUAGAUAUAUCCAGGACAUAAAUAAAAAUAAUGAACAAGUUUGGUUUUUAGGUGAUUCUGGAUAUCCACAGAGGCCUUGGAUGAUGACACCAAUCCCAGAUGCUGCUGAAGGUACGCCAGAGGCAAAAUAUAAUACCAUCCAUGGGAAAGCCAGAGUUGUAAUAGAAAAUACAUUUGGUAGACUUAAAAAUAGGUGGAGAUGCCUUUGUAAGGACCGGACAUUACACUACACCCCCGAAAGAUGUGCAACUAUAAUUAUGGCAUGUAGCGUUCUACACAACUUAGCGAUAGAUUUUAUGGUGCCCGAUCCUGAAGAAGAUGUCAUAGAUUCUUUAGAAUUAGGAAUAUCAGCAGUUUCUUCAGAAGAACCUCUUCGCGAUCAUGGUUCUAGAGAUGAUUUGAUUCGCGGUAGAACACUACGACAAAUAUUAGUGGAUAGAAUCAAUAGACUACACAUUGUUAAUAAUUAAUUUAAUUUUCCAUUUUUUUUCUAGGUUUUGUGUUACCAUGUGUCAUAAGAGAAUAAUUCUAUGAGAACUCUGUCUGUAUUUUUUUUCUUUAUUUGUAAUUUUAAACUCAUUGCACAGAGUGUUAGGUCUUAGCUAAUUGUUUUUUAUUUGUAUUUUCGUGUUGUUACUUUUAAGCUCUAUAUUGUAUUUUAUAGAAAGGUGUUGUCGCUAAGAGACUGUACAUGUGCUGUUAUUUUAAUUUGAAUUUUUGACGGUCAUAAAGAGCUGUUUUGCAGACAAGUUUUAGUAAAUGGUUUUUGAAUGUAGAAAUGGUUUUUCUUUUGUGAUAAAAU